CACAAAAGCGAAAUUCCGUGAUCAAAUGAGCAUAAAAUUCAAACUUCAUUAACUUAUGUAACUGUGUACGUAUUUGAAGUAUAUCACCGGCGUUAUACCGUAGAUAAGAUCCAGUACAACAGGCGUUCGACGUGGCAACCGGAAAUUAAUUGUAUACAAUCCAAUAUGGCUUCAUGUUUAUGAUUAACUUUGCUCCAAUAUAACUGCAAGACCUUCGAAGAAGAUGAGCGAAGAAAGCAUUAUCGCUGAGAGCUACUCUAAUUUAAAAGAUGCUAUUCUGUUGGGACGAACAGACAUUGUAAGGGGGAUCCUGUCAACUGCAGCGGAGAGCAGGUUUGAAAAUGGUUUCUUUGAAGAUGAUGAAGAAGAAAGGGAUGGAGAAGAUUUCCGAAUCAGGAAAUGGGAUGAAGAUUAUGAGGAUAAUCCAUACGACAUUCUACGUGUCAUGUUGAACUUUAUUGACAAUGAUGCUGGCACUGCCUUGCAUCUUGCAACCAAGCUAGGUAAUGCUGAUAUCACAAGAGCACUGCUAUCUGCUGGGGCCGACCCGACAAGGAUUAACAAAGAAGGAGCUACGCCAUUUGAAUAUUGUACUGAUGAAAAGAUCCUCCGAGUUUACAAUGAACAACUUCUUGAAGCUGCUGCUCACAGUCAAUUAACGAAAUUGGAAAGGUUACUGAAUGCUGGUGUUAGUGCUAAUGCUGGUGAUGGCACAGAGUCAAACAAUCGUGCCAUCCAUUGGGCGGCAACGUUCGGUGGUCAUGAGGCUGUCAAAUUGCUUUGUGAGCACAACGCAGACGUGAACGCAAAAAACCGCGACGGCUCGACCGCCUUGUUUGAUGCAGUGAAACGAAGAGACAAAGCAAUUCUUGAAAUACUCUUGACGUAUGGCGCAAGGACGGACAUCUCUCUUACGCAAGGAUCAAAUAAAGGUAAAACUCCCGUCGACCUGGCACCAGACAAUUCUGAGAUAAAAGAUCUGCUACUGAACCCUCCCGAGAAAAUCGUUCUCACUCCUGAAAAAUCACACAAUGAAACGAAUGGUCCGUUAAACGAAUCAGAUGUUGUGGACCGUGACAGUAUCAGCAGCCUGAGUAGCCUGGGGGAGACUAAAAGCGACGUCAAGAUCACGGAGAAUGGAGAAGCUGAAAGCGCACGUGAAAUCGACCUGACCCUACUUUGGCCUUACCCUCAGCAGUUGACCUUGAUCAAAGGCAGUCGAUAUUACCCCGAGGCGUACCUCAGUAUUAGAAUACUGACACAUAAGGAUGAAGAUCCAUACAACAUUCAGGACAUGUGGCGUGCUGUUGAUGAAUCCUUCAAGAAGCUUGGCUUUUCACUCAGAGUACUUUUCGUCUCUGAUGAGGAUCAUGGCGUAGUACCAGGAUGCAUUACGUGCUCGAUCUCUCCUUUGCUGUUCUCGAAAACUGAAAGUUAUUCCAUUCAUGUCUCGUCUCAAAGGAUACGUCUACGUGGCAGCGAGCCUCGGGCUCUGUGGUACAGCAUUAACACGUUGCUGCAAUUGUUCAGGUUGUCGCACGGAGUUGGUAUUCCACAGAUGCAGAUUAACGAUUGGCCAGACCUAAAGUACAGGGCAUUCUUAGUGGAUAGUGGUCAUGGAAGAACCCUUAAUUCAGAUUCCUUGUUAUUCUUAGUUGAUGUUCUCUCAAAUCUUAAAUACAAUCAGAUGGUUUUAUGUGUUCAAAAUGGUUUUCUAUUUGAGAAACACGAAGAGGCAUGUAAGGAUUACUCUCGAUACUCCCAAAGCGAAAUUCUAAAGCUAGAUCGAUAUUGUCGGAAAAGAUACAUUGAGUUGAUCCCCUUUAUGGACCAUAUAUCCGAUUUCGGCAGAUGGUUGAAACAUGAUAAAUAUAAAAAUCUUGGAAAGUCUCCGGCUGUCAACUGCACGUCUGAGGGGACAAGUACGUCAGAAUGUUUGUGCCCAGAGAAUGUUGAGACUGCAAGUUUUGUGAGGGACCUGAACUCUCAGCUAUGUACAUCGUUUCCCACAGCAAGGUUCAUCCAUGUCGGGCUGAGCAAUGUGACUGAUUGCGAUAUCAAGUCUAAAACUUCAACAGACAAAGAUCUUCCGAUAAUAAAACAUGCCAGAAAUAUCAACGAAAACUCCAGGAAACACAAGAAAGCGUGUAUGAUGUGGACUAACUCGUUUCACGACUAUUUGAAGCAUGGACACGAGUUACCGGAAGGCAUGAUUGCUAUGGAAUAUGGGGGAAAGUCUUCCUACGAAUUUGGUGUGUUUUGUAAGCUCUGCUCUGAUUCUGGAGUUCCGUAUUACGUAUGCCCAGGCACCAUGAACUGGACAAGUCUCGUUGGAGCAGAUAGUAUUGACUUAAUCGACGAUGCUGUACAGACCGCUGUCCUUUUUAAUGCUCUGGGUAUACUCGUCACAGAUUGGUCAGCAUAUGGUCACGUGUCUCCAGUCGAGGUCAGCUUGCCUGCAUUCGCAGCUGGUGGGGCGCUUGCUUGGAACUCGAAAAUAAAACAGGAAAGCGUGGUAUCAACUCUUCCCAAAGUUCUGAACGUACACGUGUUCCAAGACGAGGCAGCCGUGAUAGGAAAUGUUCUUCAAAAUUUGACUCAGGUUCAUAGAAUUCUUCAACCCCGACCAGUGCCGACGGAUGACGUAGCACAACACGCUGUUUAUCCGGGAAACAAUGCUGACGAUGCUAGUCAAUUACUACAGCUGUUCCUGUUUCCAAAUGAUGUAAAACUCAACAACCUCGACAGCGAUAAUAUCCAGAAAGCGUCUCGAUGUUUGCGGAAGAACCAGGCGUCUUUAGCCAAGACUCAAAUGAAAUGCCACCGAGCUUCGACCACCGUGAAAGCACUUCACCUGGUUUUAGAUAUGGCGUUGUACUCUUGCAGAGUUGGACGUGGAUUGCUCAUCGGGAAAAGUGAUAAAAAUUCUGAAGCAGGAUUCACUGCUACUUCAUGUUUGCCAAGCAUAAUGCGAACAGAUCUUGCUAACAGACUUUUAGGGAUCAUUGAAAAUCACCGUCGCAUCUGGCCAUUAAACAAUAAACCUGGAGGAGUGGAGGAAUCGGUCAAAAUUCUACAAAGAGUUUUUGAUGAAAUUGUUCCUUCAUCAACUCUGUCGGUUUAACUGUAGAAAAUUUAAAUUUCAUUCCCCCAACACGAAAAAUGAAUACUUUCGGAAUUUCGACAGCUUGCACGCAGAAGUGGAAAAAUUCAACUCGCUAAAAAAUACGAUGGCAUGUUGCAUAGGACAACUUUUGUUAUCUCUUCAUAAGGCAAUCGAGUAAUUUAAACUGUCUUGAAACGGUUUACAUAAUUCACAAGUGAUCACUUAAAACGUUAUCCUGUUACCCCAGGGUUUUCAAAUUUUGUUGAAAGGUUGUCGUAUUACCUACGGCGAAUCUUAGAGAUUUAGAAUAUGAAUGAACUUUGUCUUUGAUCGCUCUGGAGUUCGUUGAAAACGAAUGCGACAAAAAACAUGCCGUAGAAUUUGAUUUAGUUUGUAUCUAAGUGAUCUACUGUAUUUAUUUGUAAUAUUUAGCAGAUUAAUUUGUUUCAUUAAUUGUCUAAUCGGCUGAAGUCGGAUUAAAAUCCGGAUAAAAUCAGUCUGAUCCCAGUUAGAUAUUGAAAUGUUGUCGUUUGAUCUGAUUUUGACUAGAUAUUUCGAUUUCACCUCAACGCAGAGGAAGGUAGAACAAAAAGGCAACAGUUUUUAGGGUCGUUUCUAGAGAAGAGUUCCCUGAACCAGAACCGAUUCAGUAAUCUAAUCCUGAUCUGAGCA